GCGCAGGCGACACGGCCGCCCGGCAGCGCGGACCCGGACUAGACUCCCCUUCGCUCUUCGGUUCCCGGGGCUUCGCCAAGCUGGACCAUGAAUCUGGCGCGAGCUUGGCUGUAGGAGCAAUUCCGAAGCCGGAGGGAGAGGGCGUCCAGCAGUUCUUCGGUUGCUAAGAGUAAAGGAGACGCUCAGUCAGGAUGGCCCAGGGAUCCGGGGAUCAAAGAGCGGUUGGGAUCGCUGACCCAGAAGACAGUUCUCCCAACAUGAUUGUCUACUGCAAGAUCGAAGACAUCAUUACAAAGAUGCAAGAUGACAAGACGGGGGGUGUGCCCGUCAGAACGGUCAAGAGCUUUCUCUCCAAAAUCCCCAGUGUGGUCACAGGUACUGAUGUUGUACAGUGGCUCAUGAAGAACCUCUCCAUUGAGGACCCAGUUGAAGCAAUACACCUGGGAAGCCUCAUAGCUGCCCAGGGCUACAUCUUUCCCAUCUCUGACCAUGUUCUCACCAUGAAGGACGAUGGUACCUUUUACCGCUUCCAGGCUCCUUAUUUCUGGCCUUCAAACUGCUGGGAACCUGAAAACACUGACUAUGCCAUCUAUCUCUGUAAGAGGACAAUGCAGAAUAAAGCAAGACUGGAACUGGCAGAUUAUGAAGCUGAAAACCUAGCAAGACUCCAGAGGGCCUUUGCAAGGAAGUGGGAAUUCAUCUUUAUGCAAGCAGAAGCACAAGUAAAGAUUGAUCGGAAAAAGGACAAGACAGAAAGGAAAAUUUUGGACAGUCAAGAACGGGCCUUUUGGGAUGUCCAUAGACCAGUGCCAGGCUGUGUGAACACAACAGAAAUGGACAUCAGAAAAUGUCGACGUUUGAAGAAUCCUCAAAAGGUUAAAAAGUCAGUGUAUGGCGUGACUGAGGAAUCCCAGGCACAGAGCCCUGUGCACCUACCUAGCCAACCAAUCAGGAAAACUACAAAAGAAGACAUCCGGAAACAGAUAACCUUUUUGAAUGCACAGAUUGACAGACAUUGUUUGAAAAUGUCCAAAGUGGCUGAAAGCUUAAUUGCUUACACAGAACAGUAUGUGGAGUAUGACCCAUUCAUAACGCCCGCAGAACCGUCCAACCCUUGGAUCAGCGAUGACAUCACUCUGUGGGACAUCGAGAUGAGCAAAGAGCCCAGCCAGCAGCGAGUCAAAAGAUGGGGCUUCUCUUUCGACGAGAUACUGAAGGAUCACGUGGGGCGGGACCAGUUCCUCCGAUUCCUGGAGUCAGAGUUCAGCUCAGAAAACCUCAGGUUCUGGCUGGCCGUCCAAGAGCUCAAAAAACAACCCCUCCAGGAUGUGGCCAGAAGGGUAGAAGAAAUCUGGCAAGAAUUUCUGGCUCCAGGAGCCCCAAGUGCCAUCAACCUGGAUUCUCACAGCUAUGAGAUAACCAGUCAGAAUGUCAAAGAUGGCGGCAGAUACACGUUUGAAGAUGCUCAGGAGCACAUCUACAAACUGAUGAAGAGUGACAGCUACGCCCGCUUCCUUCGGUCCAAUGCUUACCAGGACCUGCUGCUGGCCAAGAAGAAGGGAAAGUCGCUGGCGGGCAAGCGCCUCACCGGCCUGAUGCAGUCCUCCUGACCGUCCCCACUGCAGGGCCGGGGCCUGGGCCUGCAGAGAAUCCGGGUGGCCGGCGACGUUCUACAUCGGCAGACAGAGCUUCCUUGCGGGGAGAUUUGGUCACUGUGAAGGAGAAAGAGUGAGGGCCGUGGAAGGCAAAGGUGGGGGCCACGGUGGGUGAACGGAGAGACCAGAAAGAGAGUCCACUGCGCUGGGCAGCCUGGAGAGGUCCCUAUCACCAGGAUCUCUUCUUUGUCCAGUUGAGCACCAAUGCUCUUUCUCUCAGAGGCCUCCUUUCUGACUGGAUCUGGAGCCAGAUCAUCUCCUGGGGUUCCUAUGUGACUGUCACUUGAGAAUACAUUCUUAUGAUCCUCAUUCCUCAGGCCAUCUGGGGGAAAUCAUGCCUUUGGGCAAACUCAAGAGGGAGGAUGGGGGCCUUGACACAUGCAGUAUUAUGCAUUACCUGCCUGCCCUCUCUCUGAUGGACACGCAGUGCACAUCAUAAAUUGAGCCACCAUGUCCCCACCGCCAUCCUCUCCCUCAGCCCUCCCCCCAACCCAUGACCAUGCAGGUAUAACCGGCCAGUGCCAGCAAUGCUUUCGUGUGAAAUGUCCAAAUCACAUCUUCAGCACUAAGGAAACAUCAUCUCCAGCUCUUUCCACCCCCUUGGAGAGCAAGUUUUGAAGAGGUCCCCACAGACCUGCUGGCCACCUUUGGGUCCUGUCAAAUGUGCACUUAAGGAUACAUGAGGAUAGGUGACAGCAUGCCUUUUUAGCAGCUGAUGACCAUCUUUCUAAAGUUAUCCUUUCUUCCUCUUCUAUUUUUUGAUUUGUUCCUCUUGUUUUACUCAAAAUAAACAGGGCCACGAACACAAGGCCAUUGGGAUUCUCCCCUCCGGCAGCCCCACUGCGGGGGAUGUGGCUGGAUCACAGAUCGCAGAGCUGGCUGUACCCUCCUUUCCCCCCCUCCCCAACAUUGGCAUCCUUCCAGGCACAGCCAGGCCCUUUCUGUCCCCACUGUGCCUGCAGCUGGGGGAGAGGGGAGAAUGUGCCAAUGCCAGGGUCACAAGGUUCCAUUCUCAGUUUUGAUCUGAGGACUCAGCUGAAGCACCCCAUUAAGCAAAGCUUAUCAUCUACGAGGACGCAAACCUUGCAAAAAAAAUCCCUCAUGUUCCCUCUGUGUGUGUGUGUAUAUAUGCAAGUGUCAAAAUGACUAUUUGCCAACUUUGUUGUGAGGUCAUAUAUGUAAAGCACCAAGUGAGGUGCCAGACACGUAGUAGGUGCUUAGCAAAUGGUAGCUGAUAUUGUCAUUAUUGUCAUGGUUACUAUGAUACCCAGAAGCCCCUAGGACAGAAUUGUUGUUGAAUUCAGACACUCAUACCCCUUUCCCACCUGCUACGAUGAUCUUCCUUUGAUCUAUUUUGGCCACAGGUGAACAAUCUCCCUUGGGAGUGUAUAAAAGAGCACCGAGAAGGAAACAAGUGAUCCAUGGUGUUUCUUUACCCAUGCGGGCAAAUUUACCAGCUGGUGACCAAAGGCUCAAAUGUUUGUUUGCAGACCUGGCUUCCUGGGUGCUUCAUAUGGCCCAUCUUCCAAUACCCAUUUCUGAG